ACAUACGAAGCGACGGAACAAACGUUAUUGUAUUUCCAGAAGCAUCAUGAGAAAGUUCGAUUUAUUUGUUAUUGUGAUUUCGCUGGUCGCUUAUUUAGCAGCGGAAUCAAGCGGAUUUAAGGUCGUCAAUCGAUACAAGCGUGGAGAUGACGAAGCUGCUAGUGCCGACAGUUUUACUGAUAUGACGACGGUGAAUGCAGAAACAGAGAUACCAGAAUCAGAUUACCCCACAGAAUCGACGAAAUUGAAUUCACAAGAAGAUGUACCAGAAUUGGAAGAAGUGAGAUUACCAACUGAAUCAGAAGAUUCAUCAACACCAACCGUCUCUAUCGAACCCAAAACUGCAGUCACAUCGGAAACUCAACCAAUCACGCAACAGAAUCGAGGACAACAGAAACAGCAGACAGCUACAUCAGUCAAACAAACCACCCAGAAAACUCAUUUGCCAGAAAGUUCGUCUACAGAAGCAGGAUAUGAACAAGCGACCCAAAUCGUAGAAUUAUUGGACGAAUCGACUGAUUUAAGGACAACAACGGAUGCAGAUGAUUAUCUCAGUCAGACCAAUGAGCCAGAAAAUGGAUGGGCUUAUAUAACAGGAUCCAGCGAAUAUCCACUGAGUGAAUCGUCAAAUGAUGAAACAACCAAAGCCUAUGAUGACACAGAGCCCGUCGUUACUGAAAUUGAUCCAUCGUGGGGCGAAAAACCCGAAUCAUUGGAUGACGAAAAAGAUGAGCCAUCGGUUGGUGCCGCAGUUCCAAAUUUACCAGUUCCAUCAGCACCAGCAUAUCCAGAGCCCGUCGUUACUGAAAUUAAUCCAUCGUGGAGUGAAAACCCCGAAUCAUUGGACGUCGAAAAAGAUGAGCCAACGGUUGGUGCCGCUGUUCCAAAUUUACCAGUUCCAUCAGCACCAGUAUAUCCAGAGCCUGUCGUUACUGAAAUUGAUUCAUCGUGGGGCGAAAAACCCGAAUCAUUGGACGACGAAAAAGAUGAGCCAACGGUUGGUGUCGCUGUUCCAAAUUUACCAGUUCCAUCAGCACCAGCAUAUCCAGAAGCUCCAGUAGCUCCAAUAGCUCCAUCAUAUCCAUCAGCACCAGCAAAUCCAGCAGAUGCGCCUUGUGAUGAUGCUUAUGUUCCAGUGGUUCAGCCAGUGUACCAAGACGUAUAUUACAAUCCAUCUUUCGGACCAGAUGUACCAAAUACCUUGUAUAGCCUUGGUGGAGCGUCUUCAUACCCCGUUGUGAAUUAUCCAAAUCCAGUUCAACCAGCUCAAGUUCACCCAGUUCAAGUUCACCCAGCUCAAGUUCACCCAUACUAUCAGCAAAGUGCGCCGAAUUAUGAAUACUCACCACAACAAUCCGCAUAUGGAACAUCAGGCUAUGCGCAACAACCUCUUAUACCAGUAGCAUAUGCACCGUAUCCAAAUCAGCCACAAUACAGCAAUGAUCCUGAAAUCGAAUCACUUCUCCAGUUCACAUUCAACAAUUACAGAGACUAUCAACAGACUCUUGUUACCGGUCAGCGACCAGAAGAAGCGCCAUGUGUUUGCUAA